AUGAACUCUCUGGACUUUGAGAACGACAGAGACAGCGUUUACUUUGAAGACUGGAACGACCUUGUUCAGGUUUCCCUCGGCGGUGCGCCGUUCUCCCGUACCAAGCUCUGGAAUGAGAUGAUGCCGCAACUCAGCAGGCAGAACCCGGCGCUACGACAUGCGGCCAUCAGUAUCGGCGCCAUGAGCAGGGCGCUGUCACAGAAAGGGAACUACGUCGUCGCGAGGAACUUCAACAACAUCGCCGACCUUCUUCAGAGCCAGCACUACCAGAGCGCCAUCGUUCAUUACUGCCAAGCUCUUCGACUGCAAGCCCACGCCGACUUUCAGACAGCAAGCAUUCAGGAGGCAGUCCUACUAUCCAUAUUGUUCGUUUCGUUCGAGGCCCUCCGCGGAAACCGGCACUCGGCGCUGCAGCACGUGAGAUAUGGUUUCGUGCUAUUACAGGAACUGCUCAUGAGCGAGGAUGCGGACGCGCGUAUCUGGAAUCUCGCCCCAGACCCGCGACAACUCAUCACUGAGGUCUUGGACCUGUACAACCACCUCGACGUACAGAGUCGCACCGUGCUAGCCGGCAACGUAAAGACCAGUCGCUCACCAGCCUAUGAGCUCAUUAGAGGCCUCAAGGCCCGCGGUCACACUAUUGAGACGUACAACAUGCAGAUCCAACGCUACACAGACCCAGGGGAAGGCAGGAAAAAUAUGCCAGAGAUCUUCUACGAUGCCGAACAGGCGUACACCUGGUGGCAGGUGUGUCAGCGGCGAAUCGCGAAACUCGGUCCGUUAUUGCUCAGCGUCAUCGACGAUCUCAAGUUAGAUGAGAUAACAGACGAGAAGGGAAUUGACGAACUCCUUGUGAUCAUGCAAGACCGCCCGGAGCUGCUUGCAUAUUGCGAGAAGUCCAUGGGGCACUUGCAACAAUGGCGAGCAUCUUUCGAGCCUCUUUACAACAGGACUCUAUCAGACAGUUCCAUCAGUCGGAGAGAGUAUCUCAAGAUCUUGCAUCUGCGGAUGCACUACUUGAUCAUGUUUAUCUACAGCUUCUUCCCCAAGUAUGCAGAUGAGGCGACCAUCUCCAGCAUGACACCGUACUGUCGGGAGAUCAACGAAGUUAUCGAGAUAUUGCUGCGCGAACAAGAGAAGGAUAUCAAGUCGCCGGCGAACCUCUUCUCUAUGGAGUUUGGUAUCGCAUGGCAACUCACCAUUGUCGCCAUGACCUGCCGCGAUCCACUGGUAAGAGAGAGCGCGACACGGAUUCUCGAAAAGUACCCCAGGCGGGAAGGAUUAUGGGAUAGCCAAGCUUUCCUUGCCGUUCUUCUCAAGAAUCGUGACCUUGAAAGAGACAAUGCCAAGGAAGGCACGGCAGCGGAGCAAUGGAGACGCCUAUGCAGACGCGAGUUCAUAUUUGAGGAUGCAGGGGAAACCAUCAUUUUCCGUUCGUUGAAGAAGAACCACACCACUGGCGAAUGGGACCUGGUGGAAGAGACGGCCGAUUUCAGAGGUGAGGUGGAGGGUUUGUGCGAUCUUCGACUAGAAGCUUGCGGCCAAUGCCGUAGAGCUAAGAUAACCUGUCACGGCUAUCGGGAUCCCAACGCUUUGCAGUUUCGGGACGAGUCUCGGUCGGUGGAGCGGAAAGUAGUCACCCAAAGAGACUACGCAGUUAUUCCAGGGGUACAAGGCCAGCCGACUGGUCUCGAACUGGGCUGGGACACCCGAGCUCGCUACGCUUUCUUCUCGACCUACAUUGGCGGGUUCACGCGCAGCAUGGGGGAAGUAACCCACCAUUACAGGACGGCCACAGCAUGCGAUCACCUCUCUGCGAGCGUCGAAGCUGCCAGCUUGGCAUAUAUGGGCACGCAGCUAGGCAGUGCGCAUCUGAUCGCGCUCGCCAAUUCCAGUUACGUCAAAGCAAUCCAGAGGCUUAGCCGGUCUUUGAAUGAUCUUAGCUCCGAAGGAGCUGAGGAAGCUCUUCAAUCGGUUCUUCUACUAGACAUGUACGAAAAAAUGGUCCAUCGCGAUCCCCAAAACUCCCAGGCCUGGAAGAGUCACUCUCAGGGGGGUCUGACCCUCCUACACUCCCGCGCAACAACCAUCCUAUCCAGCCCGACUGGACGUCAGGUUGCCGCCCGACUAGUGACUGCUGUCAUAGUUACCUGCGCAACAGUCGGUAUCAACACGCCUAAAGAGCUGGCUACAGUGCGCCGCAACAUUGGCUAUCAUGUUAACAGUCCCAAGUGGAGCUUUCUAGGCAUUCUGAAUCGCGUCUCAAACUUACACUUCGAUUUCAAAGCGGGAAGAAUAUCAGAACGCAACUUCGUCAUCCGAGCUAAGAGUCUGGACGAUCAACUGGCUACAUUGGAAGCGACAGUGCCAUCGACAUGGCGGCCCCUCUUGAUACCAGUCACCGGGGGUAAUCCUCAUGUUCUCGGCACAUAUUAUCAUCUCUACCCGGACCACUACACCACGCAAGUCACCAAUGCGCUUCGAACAAUGAGGCUUAUUCUAUACAUCAUAGUAAAGCGUUACACUGCGGAUGGCAGCUAUACUCAAGACAGUGCCUUCAAGAAGACGAUUCGAGACAUUGUACAUCACAUUUGCGCGUCCGUACCACAAUUCACGUUGCCAAGGGUGUGCGAGACGAACACCCUUCCCUUCUCGCCCGUGCAACAGCUUCAGUGUCGCACAUUCCUCGCCCCGUUAUAUCUUGUCCACCAAGUGUCGGAAGAUGAUUCGGUGAAGCAGUGGGUGAAGAACUGCCUCGCAAACAUGUGGCAGUCCGGAGGUUUGAAGACGGCGAAAGACAUUGCCGAGGUCAUGGACACGGAACCAAAUUUGGACUAUUGGUCAGUCUUUGCAACGACAGGAAGCUACGCAUUUGCAGCAUAA